AUGCAAGACCAUUCAAGUCAUUCUAGAGAGUCAGUAUCUGCUGGUGACGAUCCUCUUGGAAUUGAUAAAUUGACUGUCGAUUAUGACUACUUACUUUAUAAAAUCAAAGAUUAUGUACAAAGUAUACAAUUGGAUACAACAGAGCUCUGUAAAAAGCAAAAUGAACUGAUAGUGAACGGCAUUAUCGAAAGUACCAUAGACAAAAAUAUUGCUAGAUUUGAGGAGCUUCUCAAAAAAUGCGACGAGUUAGAAAACCAUUAUGAAGUGUUGAACCAAUUAGCAACGAUAACGGAUACGUUCAAGGAAAGAAUAGCAGAAGCCGUGAAUGAAUAUAAUGAAUUAAAAAAGGGUGCUAAUAAAUCUAAAUAG